GAUUAUAACAGUGUGAAGAACUAAAACAAUAAUAAUGAUAAAGAAGAAGAAAAACAACACCAUGGAAAUUGAAAUGCCUGUUGUGAUUGUAGGUGCAGGACCUGCUGGUUUAGCAACCUCAGUACGUCUUCACAAACUUUUCAUUCCAAACAUUAUCUUAGAAAAAGAUGAUUGUCAUGCAUCUCUUUGGAGGAAAAGAACCUAUGACCGUUUGAAACUUCACAUUGGUAAAAAGUUUUGUAACCUACCUCACUUACCUAUCCCAUCUGAUUUACCAAACUUUGUUCCUAGGGUUGAUUUCCUUCGUUAUUUAGACAAUUAUGUGAAUCAUUUUAAGAUCUGUAUUCGGUACAACCGGUAUGUUGAUGAUGCAUCUUUUGAUGUCAAGAGUGGGAAAUGGAGGGUUUGUGUGAGGGAUAAUAGAUUAAAUAUUGAUGAGAUUUAUGUUGCUGAUUAUCUAGUGGUUGCAACUGGAGAAAACUGUGAUGAAUAUAUUCCCAUGAUAAAUGGGCUUGAAAGCUUUGAAGGUGAAUACCUUCAUAGUAGCAAAUAUCUUAAUGGAAGGUCAUGGUAUGAUAAGAAUGUUUUAAUUGUUGGAAGUGGAAAUUCUGGCAUGGAGAUUGCUUAUGAUGUCUCAAAUUGGGGUGCAAAUACCUCCAUCGUUAUAAGAAGUCAUAUGCAUCCUCUUACAAAAGAAAUGGUGUUCGUGGGAAUGUGUUUGAUGAAAUACUUAAGUGUAGAAAAGGUGGACAAACUGUUGGUGUUUAUGAGCAAAAUGAUGUAUGGAGAUAUGUCUAAGUAUGGUUUGAUCAGACCAAAGGAAGGACCUUUCUCCAUUAGAGUUAGGACGGGUCGUCCCCCUAGCAUUGAUGUUGGUUGCAUUAAAAUGAUCAAGAAAGGCAAAGUAAAGGUGUAUCCGACGAUUUCACGCAUCAAAAAGGGCAAGAUUGUUGAGUUUGUAGAUGGAAAAAGUGGACAAUUUGAUGUUAUAGUCUUUGCUACUGGAUAUAGAAGCAAUGUGUUGGAGUGGCUUAAGGAUUACAAAGAGUUGUUCAAUGAGAAUGGAAUGCCUAAAGGCUGUUAUCCAAAUCACUGGAAAGGAGAAAAUGGACUAUACUGUGCAUUCUCAAGAAGAGCAUUACAAGGCAUUGUUUAUAGUUCACAGAAAAUAGCAAAUGAUAUUAGUCUCACUAUAGAUGCAAAGAAGCUGCUUGCUGAAGCUGUUGAGGUCAAUGCUCGUAUCAAGUUAUUAGAUGAAUGAGUUUUUAUAUGAAAGACAAUAAAAAGUGUCAAAACUAUGUAAUACAAAUAGAGUCCUCUUAUUGGAACACAAUUUGAUGACAUCUUAGUUGACAUCACACCAGAUAAAGGUAGGGUUGUGUGUGCAUGGAAGCCGAGGUAAGCGAAACUAUUGUUAU